UUUUAAAUCUUAUUUUAUUGGUUUAUUUUAUCCUUUUAAAAUUCAAAUUUUUUUCCCAAAGAACUAAUGGAUAGAUAUGGAACAUCUAAAAUUGCCGGAGUUUCAAUAGAAGCUACUAAAAUGCUACGAUGCCUAUAUAGUAUCGCAGGAAGUGGCGUGGUAUUGACUCAGGACAUGACAUAUUUGGCAAAGAUAUUUGCUACCAGGGGUACUAAAAUUGACAAAAUUAUAAAUACAACUGAGAGAGAGACAUCUGAAAAAUUAUUAGCCUUAAAGAAAAAAUACUUUAUUAUAGAUUCAUACUCAGGAAUUCCUUCUGCUUAUGUUACCUUAGCAAGAAUAGGUAAAUUAUGGUGUCAUCAUAUUUGUAAAUGUUGCUAUGUUGGACUAUUAAAAGAUCCUGUGGAUAAUAAUGAUUUACCGGUGGGUUUCCCAAGGGCCAUGCGAUGCAGCGUCUAUGCUGGUCUUAUAUAUAGAGGUAUGAUUAAAACAGAUUUAAAAUGUUUAAAUGAAGCUUAUGCCUACCACCAAUACUUAUUGGAAUGUAUUAUAAGUCCUCGCAGAAGUACCCCUUCGGAAAUAAUGAGAAGGAUUGAAAAACAAAUGAACUAUUCCCAGUGCAAUGAAAAGAUGAGAUUGCAAUUUAAUAUUAAAUUUGGCAUUUUGAAUGGGUUAGGUGCUAUCGCAACUGAAGCCAGACCUGCAUUAGAAGAAGCAGCUCAAAGAUGGAGAAAAAUAAUCGAAGAUCUUAAUCCCAAAAUUCCAACUUUACAAACCCUUUGCCGGCACAAAAUGAGAAAAUGUUAUAUUCACGUACCCCGGUGUUUAUUCAAAAAUGAUGAUGAAUAUAAUACGAGCCUUUCGGAUGAUUUAGUAUAUAAUUUGACCCACAAUUAUAAAGAAGAAUGGGAUCUUAUGUUUAAUAUUAAAAGUUCUGAUGAUAGUUUUUAAAAAUCAAAUCGGCGGCUAACGGCGUGAAUUAGCACAUCGAUAUAAAUUUUUAAUAAUAUAUGGUUUUAAAUUGUUAAUUGAUUUAUUUUUUUUUAACAAAAAAUAGAUAAAUAAAAUUAAAAAUAAAAUAUACACUAUUAGAGAUUAUUAUCGGCAUAUUUUUUAGAUUUUGUUAAA